AUGUCGAAUCUGACCGCAUCUGAACUCGCCCUUUUUGCCGAGGGCACGAAGGACCCAGACAAACGUGCCGGAUCCAUCGACCACCUUGGCCGCAUGUUCUCACGUUACCUCCAAGGCUCGCUCAGUGGUGUAUGCAUGACAUGCAACAAUCUGCGCCCUACUGGCCAUGAAGAGUCCCUGGGCAAUCGCCGUGGGUUCUGGGACGCAUCACUAGAUAAUGCUGCGCUAGCCGCACGGGACGUCGCUGGGAAGGUACCGUCGCUACAGCUUGACGAGAUCUCGCUCAAGGAUAUAAUGGGGCCUCGCCUUAGGAAUGAGAAAGGUGAGCCGUUGAGCACAUGCCGUUACUGCGCCUUCGUAUGCGAUGUCCUGGAUGCUGUCUUUCCGAGAUUUGCUGGUAUGGGUAUGCUCAGCUAUGCUUCCUUACGACUGAAGAAAGUAGGCUUAACGAUUUGCGAGGGCAGGCCACUUAUCAUUUGGUGUCGUGGGUUGGAGUUCGAUCCGAGCUGGGCGCAUGCGCGAGUCGAUAUCGAAGUCUACCCGAAAACUACUAAGGCAUCAGAGCAAGCUCAUGGUGAUCUGCCAACAGCUGGACCUGCGCGACCAAUCCCAGAGUCAUCAGAUUCAGAGGAAAGCCUGGCCUUUAUGCGACAAGCUUUGGAGGAUUGUAACAAGAAUCACACCGCAUGUCAGACCAUCUCGCAGGCUGAGGAUGAGAUCUUCGUGCCUACUCGCCUCAUCUACAUUGGACAAGACGAGAUACGUCUUUGCACGGAGUCUAUCGGCAUGCCUGCUUGGGUCGCAAUGAGUCACUGUUGGGGUGGUAGUACUAUCAUCAAUCUCACGAACGCAACGAGGGCAGCAUUCGAGAAGGCAAUUGCGUGGGAGGACUUGCCAGCCACCUUCCAGAAUGCCGUCACCGUUGCACGACAAUUGGAUUUUCAUUAUAUAUGGAUCGACUCCCUUUGUAUUGUACAAGAUGAUCCUGCCGACUGGGAGCGCGAGGCCGCUAUGAUGGGAGAUGUGUACGGCCACGCAAAGCUUGUGCUAGGUGCCGGAUCCUCGCCCGAUCCGCACACACCAUUCUUACGCCCAAGGGCUGAGGAGUGGGCGGCGAAGGACGUAGAGUUCCAUCCGAAGGAGGGUGAGCCUGUGACUUACAUGGUUCGUAGGCGUGCUGUACUAGCUGCACGACUGGAUCAAGGGUUGAAAGAGCCACCAUACACCAGCGAUUGGGCAACUUUGCGUCGUCCAGGUCCCCUAUACCAGCGCGCUUGGGCGUUCCAAGAAGCGUAUCUCGCUCCUCGUAUCUUGCACUUCACCCCAGGAAGUCUAAUCUACGAGUGCAAAACUCAUCGCAUGCUCGAGGGCUCCCUGCCUCCAUAUCCUUCCACUGCUGAAGACACGCUUGGCGAGCUGACGCUGGCACGAAAGUGGCAGAUGUGCGUGAAAGCAUAUACUUACCGGCGGCUCACCUUCCCCAAAGACAAGCUGACAGCCAUCGGUGGUAUUGCAACAAGGUUUCAGAAGCUGAAUGGUUAUCAGUAUAUCGCAGGCCUAUGGAGCGAGAAUUUAUUGAAUGAUCUGCUAUGGCAUGCCAUGCCUGGCGCAGAGAAUCAAGGACUCGCAUAUGCGACUGAUGAUAAUAGCUUACCUUCCUUCUCAUGGGGCUCCAUAGAUCGAGGUGUCGUAUGGACAGGAUAUCGCGGCAUCACACAUCUGGCUAAGCUGCUCGGCGCACACGUGAACAGAAAGUCAGAGAAUGUCUUUGGCGAUGUCAGUACAGGAUUCAUUCUAAUCACGGGCCGACUCUUGCGCUGUAGAGUCCGCUUCGAUCCCGGCGCCAACGAGUAUCUUGCAUACUACCACAGACCAGACGGCACAAAGUCAGCGGAACAGUGGUUUCCGUCCGAUGGAAUGCUCAUAGCCACUGGGUCUCGCGACGUAGCUAGCGGUACCGUUAGUAACCAGGGUAUAAGGCGAGCAAACAUAGGCGAGACUCGGACAUGGCGGAACUUUGACACAGAAGCUUCCUUUCUGUGUGUCGCGAAGACGGCGAAGCUCGACUUUGACCACAUCGGGCUGGUGGCGCAUCACCGGAAGGAGAUCGUGAUUGGAGAUUGGAAGACGUACGAGCGAGUGGGCGCCAUUUCGAACCUGCCGGAGGCGUGGUACAAUCACGCAGAAGAGAUUGGUGAAAAAGGCAUCGUUUUGGCGUGA